GCAAUAAGCGUGGGUUUAUUAUGUUAAGUGCUGCUGCUGCAUCAUUAUCCAAUAAUUGCAGUGAAACUUGGUCGUAAAAGCUACCAUUUGAAUGGAAUCCCAACUCAGAUGCAUGUGAAAAGCCAUAGCCAUGGCCAUGCUAUUGCUGGGUAUUAUGGUUGCGCUAAGGGUAGUUCAGACAUUACCUAAAAAGAAAAAAAAAGAAACUAUUUAUUAUUUAAAGAAGAAAAAAAACAAAAAAGAAAUCCCUAGGAGAAGAAAAUGGCCAAAUCUCUCUCUAUAGUCCUUAUCUUUUUCAUCUUAUCGCCAUUAAUUAGAUCACCCGCAGAAGGAGGAGAACCGGCUCCAGCGCCAUGGCCGCACCAAUUCCAUGCCAUUCUUUUUAUGAACAAGAGUGGGAUACUUGAAAAGAUCGAUCUGUGGUAUGAUUGGACCAACGGGAGAAACUUCAACAUAAUACAGCAUCAGCUGGGUGAUGUACUGUACGACCUCGAAUGGAACAACGGCACUUCCUUCUUUUACACUCUGGAUUCCAACAAAGAGUGUUCCUCCGCCCAGUUGGAGGUAGGAAUCCUUCGGCCCAAUUGGCUAGAUGGAGCCAAGUAUCUGGGCCAACGACAUGUCGAUGGCUUCCUUUGCAAUGUUUGGGAGAAGGUGGACUUCAUUUGGUACUACGAGGACGUUGUCACCAAGAGGCCAGUUCACUGGGUCUUUUACUCUGGGAGGGAGGCUCAUGUGAUGACGUUUGAAGUUGGAGCUGCACUUGAGGAUGCUAACUGGCAAGCCCCUGUGUAUUGCUUUGACCCAAAUGCUGCUGCUGUUUCUACACUUUCUACUACUAAUCAAUUUUUGCUGAAAGGUUCCUCCAUGCCGCAUUCAUUGUUGUAAUUCACCAUCAACUCUACCACUAGAAAUAUUGUAUGAAGGAGGAGAGAUCCUUGUUUAUCCUCAUUAAUUGUAAUAAGCUUGUGUCUGUAAUGUUAGUACUUCUAUUUUAUAUUUUGAUUGUUUAUAUCUUAUUUUAGUGUGGGGGGGAUAUGUUUUGGUAGUUAUUAUUGGAUUUGGAACAUGUUUGGAAUUUAAAUGUACUAUCUAUAUCGGGUUCGGGUUCGACCACGCCGAUAUCCGCUACCUGAACCCGUUUAUAUAGUCGGAUAUGGGUAUAGAGUAUCUGAAUCCACUACCCGCUAUCCGUUUAUUAAACGGAUAUCUUAUUGGGUACUCUAGUCUAUUAGACCUGUUAAAGUUUCUUUUA